ACUUCUACAAUAGAAUCGAAUAGAAAAAGUCUUUUAGUGUACCAUUCGUGCUGUUAUGGCGUUUGUUCCACCAAGAGCUGUACCAGCUCGAAGUGUUCAGUCAUUAGAAGAGUACAACACACCGCGAGCGCCUCUACGUCGUCAAGUGUCUCUGGACGAAGAAAGACGUGAUGAUUGUCAAGGGCAUUGGAGAGGACCGUACUUGGAAGGGGAAGAGGAGGAGAAGGGAGUACGGCUGUUCAGAGCCAUGCUUCUCCAGCACUUGAGACUUGAGGAACUGCGGCCACCACCGUGUAUGAUAGUACCUGCAAACCCUGAUCAGAGAGGUUGGUGGAUGUACUGGAGAGAUUGGAGAGCACUGGAGCGUGCUGCUCGGAGAUUUAGAGAAACCAAAGCGAGGGCUCGACUAGCGGCCCGAGCUGAACAUAUACCCUUGUUGAGCUUGGAUGAAGUCGAGUUUGAGGAUAUCAUGCAGGAGUUGUGCCAGGCUUGUGUUCAUUAUGAACAGAGAGCAUUGGUGGUAUUGGCUUUUCUGUGUGAGGUGGUAGGUCGUGCGGUGAGGGUUGGGGGCUGGUGCAGAGCAUCGGACUGGGCUGCAAGACAUGUGGCCCAGUGUGCUACCCCAUGGGCUAUAAGACAUGGAGGUUGGAGUGCAGUAGUAGAAAGAGCAGGUGGUACCCGUAGAGAAGAAACGCUUCUGGCGGGCGCGGCGAUAGCAGCACUAUUGGCAUUUCUUCUGUUUUGUCGCACGCGGUUACGUCACGCUCUUCUUUAAAUACUCAAUAACAUAACUUCCGCUAGGUGGCGGUAGAGCAAAUUUUGAAAUAUUCCUUCGUAAUCUUGUACUUAAAGGGAAGCACAUGAGGGAAUUAAAUAUUCGAAAGAAAUAUAUUAAUAAAAAGCUGUUUGACAGCAAUUUUCUUGUUAUUAUCGCUUGUGUGUCAUAUUUUAAGAAAAUAUUCUAAAAAGUAAUAAAUGUACGGUUCAAAAAUAUGAUCAAGGAUUGAAUCGGUAGGAUUUAAAA